UCCUUGAGCACAGGCCUUUGAAAGGUCUCCAUUGAGAUGAUGGUACAUAAAUAUAAGCCGACAGACACAUUUGGACCAGCAUCUUUACCACCAGACAAGCCAAACCUCCAGCAUCCACCAGUCACCUCUACAGCUUCAUCAUACAGCAUGCAAGAGCUACAGAUUCUCGGGCUCCUAAGUAUUUUUCUGCUGGUGUGGGACCCCAGUCAAUGCAGUACAAUCCCAGCGCAGUGUGUGGAACACACCUACUGCUCAUCCACGCUGAGAGAAUAUCACACACACCUCAUCAACCUGCCCAGCAGAAUCAAUGAGCGCAGCGUGGCCGCAUGGAGCUAUGUAGAGAAUAUUGACUUGGAUCGAGUGCCACAGAUCUUCUAUGAAGCCAACUGUCUGAACAGUGACUCCUGUAAAGGCAUCGAAGACUCUUCAAGUCUGGAGAGCAUCCCAAUUGCAAUCAAAAUGCCAUUUCUCCGAAAAAACCCAAGAUGCCCAACUUAUGCACUGGAAUUUGAGGAUGUCAACAUCGCCUGUAUAUGUGCCACGUACCGACAGAACUAGAGCCAAGACUAAGAAUUUAUCCAUUAGAUGAAUCAUUUAUUAUUAGAAUUAUAAGUAAUGUUUGUGUUAAUGAAGGUUCAUGCCUGCCACAAAGACGUCUAUGCUUAUUUAUUCAUAAAAACAUAACAUCAACACAUACGACCAGAAUAUUGUUGCUUGUCAAUGUGAAAUAAUA